AGACCAGGCAGCCAACACAGGGUCGUCCCCGCAACGUGGGAGCCCCGAGCUAUUUCUGAGCGCGGCCCCUCCCCAGCCUACAUGCCUCCGGCCAGACAAGGCUAGCAGGUCCUGGAAGACUCCUCCCGCUCCCCCUAGCCCCUGGGAUCCGCCAGCCGCUUUCCAUAGAGGCCAGACAGAGCAGACACUCAGAGGGCAGGUUGUACCGUAAUGUGUGUGCGCGGCGCCCCUGGGUCUGUGUUUUCGCUCCACUUUCCUGUUGGCUUCCAGCUGCCCCGCCAGUUCCGGGGAGGGCCCUGGGCCCGCGGCUGCUCCCCCGCCCCCCUUUAUAAAGGCCAGGCGGGCCUUGGGAAGGCUUGCACAGCUGCCCAGCUCGGCGACAGGAACAGCCCUGCCCCAUCGUCUGCUGGCCCCGCGGCAGCUCGGACCAUGGGAGGCCCCCACGGUGGCCCCUUUCUUCUCUUUCACGUGCUGUGCUUCUUGCUGACUCUGUCGGAAGUUGGAUCCCAGAACAGCAAGGCCUGUGCUCUGCGGUGCCCUCCGAAGUCCUCAUGUGUCAAUGGCAAUGCCUGCCGGUGUGAUCCAGGAUUCAUUUCCUCUUCUGGGGAGGUCUUCACCGACCCCUUGGAGAGUUGUGACGACAUCAAUGAGUGUGGGCCACCCUCACCAGUGUACUGUGGAAGUUCAGCAGACUGCCAGAACACGGAAGGAGGCUACCACUGCACAUGCAUCCCAGGAUAUGAGCUUACUUCUGGGGUAACAAUAUUCCAGAAUGAGAGUGAGAACACGUGUCAAGACGUAGACGAAUGUCAACACAGACCCAGAGUCUGUAAAGGCCGCAGCAUCUGCAUCAACACCCAGGGCAGUUACACCUGCCAGUGCCCACCCGGCUUGGAGUUCAACCCAGAGGACCCGAGGAAUUGCACAGAUGUGAAUGAAUGCACCUCGGGGAAAAAGCCAUGCCACAACUCCACCCACUGCCUCAACUUCGUGGGCAGCUAUGAGUGCCGCUGCCGCCCCGGCUGGAAGCCUAUUGCUGGGUCCCCCAACGGCCCAAACAACACCGUCUGUGAAGAUGUGGAUGAGUGCAGCUCCGGGAAGCAUCAGUGUGACAACUCCACUAUUUGCGUCAACACUGUGGGUUCAUACACCUGCCACUGCCGCCAAGGCUGGGUGCCUAAAUCUGGAUCCUGGGAUAAGCAGAUGACCACCUGCGAAGAGAUCGCCUUCCCUGCCUGGACUGCUCCCCCUGGAAUCAAGAGCCGGAGUCUCUCUGCCUUCUUCGAAAGAGUCCAGAAAAUGAGCAGGGACUUCAAACCAGCCAUGGCCGAGACAUCCAUGCAGAAACUCGUCGAGUUAGUGGAUGACCUGUUGAAAAACUCGGGAGACCUGGAGUUACUGGAUCAGUCUUCCAAGCACGUCACAGUCACCCACCUGCUCUCAGGCCUCGAACGAAUCCUGAGGACCCUGGCCAAAGCCAUAUCUAAAGGGUCCUUCACCUACUGUUCACUUGACGGCACAGAGCUGUCCCUGGUGGUCCAGGAGCAGGGGAAAGGGAACGUCACCAUGGGCCAGAGCCACGCACGGAUGCUGCUGGACUGGGCUGUGGCAGCCGCAGCUGGGGAGUCAGGCCCCUCCAUGGCGGGGAUUCUCUCCAGUCGGAACAUGGAAAAAUUGCUGGCCAAUGCCUCUUUGGAACUGGACUUGGAAAAGCUGAAAGAGACCUACGAGAGUCCUGUCCGAGGUGCCAAGGUCACGCUUCUCUCAGCGGUCAGCUCCGUCUUUCUGAGCAACACGGACACUGAGAAACUCGACUCCAACGUCUCCUUUGCCUUCACCCUCUAUAAACAGCCUGAGCUCAAGCCACGGCAGGAGCUGAUCUGUGCCUUCUGGAAGAAAGACAGCAAUGGGAACGGGUUCUGGGCCACCUCGGGCUGCUGGAAGAUGGGCAGUGGGAACGGAAGCAUCACCUGCCAGUGCAGUCACCUAAGCAGCUUUGCCAUCCUCAUGGCCCACUACGAUGUGGAGGACCCGAAGCUGGCCCUGAUCACCAAGGUGGGACUGGCGCUGUCGCUGGUCUGCCUGUUGCUGUGCAUCCUCACCUUUCUGCUGGUGCGGCCCAUCCAGGGCUCGCGCACCACGGUGCACCUGCACCUCUGCAUCUGCCUCUUCGUGGGCUCCGCCAUCUUCCUGGCAGGCAUCGAGAACGAAGGCGGCGAGGUGGGGACGCGCUGCCGCCUGGUGGCCGUGCUGCUGCACUACUGCUUCCUGGCCGCCUUCUGCUGGAUGAGCCUCGAGGGCGUGGAGCUCUACUUCCUCGUGGUGCGCGUGUUCCAGGGCCAAGACCUGAGAAAGCGCUGGCUCUGCCUGAUUGGUUACGGCGUGCCCCUGAUCAUCGUGGGCAUCUCGGCAGGCGCCUACAGCAAGGGCUAUGGCCGCGAGAAAUUCUGCUGGUUGAAUUUCGAGGGUGGCUUCCUCUGGAGCUUUGUGGGACCUGUGACCUUCAUCGUUUUGGGCAAUGCUAUCAUCUUUGUGAUUACUGUCUGGAAACUCACUCAGAAGUUUUCUGAAAUCAACCCUGACAUAAAGAAAUUAAAGAAAAUCAGGGUGCUGACUAUCACAGCCAUCGCCCAGCUCUUCGUGUUGGGCUGCACCUGGGUCUUCGGCCUGCUCCUCUUCGACCCGGAGAGCUGGGUGCUGUCCUACAUCUUCAGCAUCCUCAACUGCCUGCAGGGUUUCUUCCUCUUCGUGCUGUACUGCCUACUUAACAAGAAGGUGAGAGAGGAGUACCGCAAGUGGGCCUGCAUGGUUGCUGGGAACAAGUACUCCGAGUUCGCCACAACCACCUCUGGGUCUGGCUUUAGCCAAAAUCAGACUCAGGCCCUCAGGCCCUCAGAGUCUGGCAUGUGAAGGCGCAGUUCUGGCCAAACCAGCAGCUCCUGUGGCCUCAGCAGCUUUUGCACACACAGAUGACCUCCUCUCCUCCCUCUCCGCUCUGCUCCCUCCUGCCUUGAGCCCCACACACACCAUGGAGAGGAGGGUGUCAGCCACCAUCUGGUACCGAACCCCUGAACACCCAGCAAGGGUGGAGGGUCGGACCUACUUCCUGCUGCCUCUCAGCUCCACCCCGGUCAGGACCCAGGGUAGGGGCAGCCCCCUCAAGUACACCAGGCCCAGACAGAAUGAAGACUCGUGCCCAGCUUGGCCCUUUCCUGUCAUCUGUCUUUGCUACAGAACAAGAGGCCAAGGUGCUGAGACUUUGCUUCUAGGUUAAGCUAAGACUGAGGUUGGGUGGGAGAGGGGCAGGGCCCUUCUCAGCCCCUUGCCGAAGAAGGCUCAUGGUACUAAGUAAGGCCCACCUGCCCCCAGGGCAGAGGGUUCAAACUGAUGUGAAGGCUGUGGACAUUGUAUGUUUUUGUUUAAUCUGUAUAAACCUUUCAGUGUUGACACUUUAAAAAUUAAAUCUCAUGUUGACACAGAA